CUCAGUAAACACAUGAUUACAGUAGCCACAGGCAGUUGGAAGAACAGUUCUGAGUCUGAGGAUGAAUCAUUGAUCCUACUGACUGAGGAACUCUUACACACUCUGUAAGGAGGGUUCGUUGAUAUCACUAACUUGGCAGGCUGUCAUUGGGACAAAGCAGCAGAUCCAGCCCGGAGGUUUUCAGUUACAGUGGAGGAAAGAGCUGUAAGGGUUUACUGAGGGAGAUGACGGAGGGCAGCAGGACUCCAUGGGGGCUUUUUUUCCUGUGCCAAGUACAGUGUUUGGCCUUUCUGGCUGCAGCAGGAUCUCCACCAUGCUACAACAGGACCAACUGCUCAAACAAUCAACAUCUAGAGAACACAGCUGAUAAAGAAGUCAAGCAGCUCCUCACCAUUGAGCUUCCAAACAUCCCACACUUGUUUAAUCUAAAACGCAUUAAGAGGGAGUGGGUCAUUCCAGCGAUUAGCUUCCCAGAGAAUAGCCGGGGUCCAUAUCCCAAAUACAUGGUCAAGAUCAAGUCAAGCAACGAGGAAAGGUUGGCGAUAACUUACAAGAUCAGCGGACCGGGCGCUGACGAGCCUCCUGAGGGUAUUUUUACUGUCGAUCGGAGAUCUGGGGUGCUGUAUGUGACUCAACCACUGGAUAGGGAGAAGAAAGCCAACUACACUCUGUGGGCCCAUGCACUGAUUGAGGGAAAUAAAGCUGAGGAGCCCAUGGAGCUUAUCAUCAACGUCAUCGACCAGAAUGACAACCCUCCAAAAUUCACUCAGAACCCUUUUUAUGGCAGAGUCAGUGAGAGCUCUGACAUUGAUGACAUCAUCACUAGGGUAACUGCGGUGGACAAAGAUGAUCCACUUACAAGCAAUGCUAUGGUUCGAUAUAAGAUAAGGACUCAGAUGCCUGAAAAGCCCAAAAAGGACAUGUUUGCUAUAAACCCAGUGAGUGGGGUGAUCAGUGUGAAGGCAGAUGGACUGGACAGAGAGUCCCAACCAAAGUACAAACUCAUCAUUGAAGCUGCUGACAUGGAGGGAGAAGGGCUCAUAUCCACCUGCACUGUCAUCAUAAGCAUUACCGACAGCAACGAUAAUGCUCCACAGUUCACCAACACAAAUAUAUCCACAUCAGUCUCUGAGAAUGAGGUCGGAGUUGAAGUAGUAAGGCUAAAGAUCACUGACAAGGAUGAGAUGGAAUCACCAAACGCCAACACUAAAUUCUCAAUUAUCAAAGGCAAUGAAAGGGGAGACUUCAACAUCACCACGGGCUCCGAUAAAAUGGAGGGAAUCCUCAAAACAGCCAAGGAGCUGGAUUUUGAGAGCAAUUCUGUCUUUACCCUGCUGGUGUCAGUGACAAAUGAAGCACCGUUUUCUGUGCCGGUGUUAACCUCAACUGCCACAGUCACAGUAACAGUCAUGGACAGGAACGAACCUCCUGUUUUCAGUCCAGCAGAGGUCCAUGUUGGCAUCUCUGAGGAUGCAGAAAUAAAGAGUUUGGUGGUUGACCUCAGAGCUAAGGAUCCAGACACAGCCAGGAAACAGAGCAUUAGUUAUGAACUGUACAAUGACACAGCACGGUGGCUGAGUGUUGAUAAAGACACAGGAUCGGUCAGAGUUAAGAGUAGCAUGGACAGAGAAUCACAACAUAUCAAAGACGGCAAAUACACAGUGCUAGUUUUAUCCUAUGACAAUGAUUCAGUCCCCAAAACAGGUACUGGUACUCUGGUAUUAAGUUUAUUAGAUGUGAACGACCAUCGUCCUGUGAUCAGACAGAGGAAGGCCAGUCUAUGCAACAGUGAUCCUUCUCCUGCCCUGCUUGAUAUUGUUGACUUUGAUGGACCAGGUCAUGCUGGACCAUUUACUGUGGAGCUUCAGGGAGAGCACAGAAUGAACUGGACCAUUAGCACCAAUUCUACAAGCAACGUCGCAACCCUGACCCUCAAACGAGAGCUGUCACCUGGAGACUACUCUGUGCUGAUGCGUAUCUAUGAUGCUGGCAUGCUCUUCCAAGACAGCACACUGCUGGUAGAAGUAUGCCAUUGUCAAGGGGCUGUCUCUACUUGCUUCAUUCCACGCUCUGCUCCUCAUUUACGCAUUCCUUCUCUUGCAACCACAGUCCUUGGAGUAGUUUUUGGUCUUUUGUUGCUCCUCUUGCUGCUGCUGUUGUUGCUGAGGAGGAAGAGGAGGCCAGAAAAGGAUGUGGCUCUACUUGAAGAGAUACCCAGAGACAACAUCUUCUACUAUGAUGAGGAGGGAGGGGGUGAAGAUGACGGGGAGUACGACCUGAGCCAACUCCACAGAGGGCUUGAUAAUCGUCCUGAAGUCUUCAGCACUGAUGUGUUUCCCAAUGUCCAAAGCCGACCAAGCUAUCGCCUACAACCUCGAGCCAAUGAAGAGAUUGGGAAAUUCAUUGAGGAUAACCUUGAUGCAGCAGACAGUGACCCCACAGCUCCUCCAUACGACUCUCUCCUUGUGUUUGACUACGAAGGCUACGGCUCUGAGGCCAGUUCGCUCAGCUCCAUCAACCCCUCUGAGUCAGAUGAGGAGCAGAACUUUGAGAGCCUAUCCCACUGGGGACCACGUUUCAGCAGGCUAGCUGACCUGUACACAGGUAGGAUAGAAGAUGAUGAUGAUGCAGAAACACUGCCAGGAAAAACAGAAUGGGUUUAAUACACCUGUGGACUAAUAGAUCCUCCAAGCCUUGUUCCUAGGAGUUGUUUGUGACCUCUUUCUGGAGCCCUCUGGCUUUGAUGGAAUGCAUUAUGUUUAUACAGGUGGCUUUUAUACUCUGAGCUUAAACUGCAUCUUUGUAUCACUUCAUUAGUUCCUCAUGACUCAGUCAUAAGUUUCUUACACUGUUUUUUGUCUUUAUGUAUCUAGUUACUGUAUGUAGAAGCUUAAUGUAUUUGCUUUGUGGAUGCAUUAUUGCCUUUGUAAUUGA